AGGUAUUCUGCUACUGUGUACUCUCUGUUUAGGGCCAAAUAGCAUUCCAGUGUGUUCUCUGUCUGUCAGUGUGUCUCUGUGGCUCACAGGCUCUGCCCCCUAGGAGCAGAGGGGGUGGUGAAAGUAUAAAACCUCUUGGGCUCCCUCCAGCCAGACUGUAGACCUACUAGAAACUAUAAAGACACCUGAGUGUCGCCCCACUGGCUAAACUCUCCCGUCACAAUGCUGUCACGAACGUUGAUUGUUCCUUUGAUCUUUGCUUUGGCUGGUCUUGCUCUCUCAGCCCCCAUUACUGAUGGAACAGAGGGAGAUAAUGAUGGUGCCAAAGAUGGCGGAGGCCCCACUGGCAGCCCGGUAGUUACAGCAGCAGCUGGAGACUCUGUAGGGACCACGGCUGGGACUGACUCCAGUAAAGAGCUGGCUGGAGAUGGAGAUACCAGCGUGGAAACCACAGGCACUCCUGAUGCCCCUGAUGCCCCAGAUGCAGCUGAAGCAGCAGGCAGCCAAGAUACAGCUGAUGCAGCUGAAUCAGCAGAUGUGGAUAAGUCUCCAGAAGAUAACUCCACAGAGUCUCCUGAAAGUGACUCCACAGACUCUCCUGACAGUGACUCCACAGAGUCUCCUGACAGUAACUCCACAGAGUCUCCUGACAGUAACUCCACAGAGUCUCCUGACAGUAACUCCACAGAGUCUCCUGACAGUGACUCCACAGAGUCUCCUGACAGUGACUCCACAGAUCAAGCGCUGACAGACGUGCAAGCUGACUCUGACGUGACCAGUGAUGACACGGAGGAGGCCACGGAGACAGACAAAGAUGAUGACAAGAGUGACGACAAGAGUGACUCAGAGGAUGCAGAUGGGAAGGCUACUGCAGGUGAAGAAGAAAUAUUAGAUAAUGACUCUGCAGAUGCUGCCACAGACAAAGACGAUAGUGAUGAGGAUAAGGACAUUGAACUAGAUGGUAAGGCCCCUGCAGAAGAGAAGGACAGCGCAGAAGACACAGAGACAGAGGAAGCGGAGGACAGCGACAGCAAACAAGACGACGCAGACUCUGACACUAAGGAUGACAAGCCAGACAAAGAUGACAAGAAAGACAGCACAGAUGACAGCAAAGACAGCGACAGCUCAGAUGACCACAAAGACAGCAGCGAAGAAGAGGCCCGGGUUCCAGAGGAGGAACCAGAGCACCAGGAAAUAGAAGAAAAGGACAGCGAGAGCCAACAGGACACCUCAGAAGAAAACGACAAGCCAGACAAAGAAGAUGAGAAAGACAGCGACAGCUCAGACGAGAGCAAAGACAGCAGCGAAGCGGAUGUCCAGUUCUCGGAGGAGGAACCAAAGCAGCAGGAAACGGACAUGAAGGAGAGAGGUGACGUGGGGGAACAGCAGGCCAGCCCUGAAGACAACAUCGAGGAGGGAAGCCCUAUAGGGAGCCAAGACUUUGAGCCUCUACAGGAUUCGGAGGAGGAGGCGGAGCUGGAGUCAAAGGAGGAGGGGAAGCUGGAGGAGGCGGAGAAGGAGGAGGAGGAGCUGGAUGCGGAGAUGAACCUAGACACAACAGAGUCCGACAGUAAGGAGGACAGUAAGGAUGACAGUAAGAAUGAGAUUAAGGAUGAGAGUGAGGAUAAGACUGAGGCUGACGCAGACUCCAACAGCAAGGAGGACAUUGGGACCAGCGAUGCCCCUAAACCACAAGAGGAUGACAGUGAAGAGGACACUGAAGUCCAGCCAGAGGACACUGAUGAUAGCAUGAUGAAAGAGCCCAAAGAUUCUGAUGCUGACAAAGAUGAUAUGGAUAAGGAUGCCUCUGACUCAGAGGAUGACAAAUCUGAAUCUGAUGCAGAGCCAGGCGCAGAUUCACACAAAGAUGAGGAUGAGACCGACGAGGAUUCCGAUGAUGUGUCAGAGUCCAUGGCGAAAGAUGACGAUAUGGAUGAUGAUGAUGAUGACAUGGAUGGGGCAGAAACAAUGGCUCCAGAUUCAGAAGGCGCUGAUGCACCGGCAGCCCUGUCUUAGCCCUGUGGGUUGAGCCCACAGGACGCUGUGAAUGGAAUCAGACAGUUUGAUAGUCCCAUCAUGGUGAAUCCCACAUAAACCAACAAGUCCUCCCGCAGUCAUGACAACAAACGGCGUAAAAAAACUUACGUUCCUUAACCCUCUCUUGCCACUCAAAAUGGUGAAGGUGUCUACGGGGAUACAAUUAAAUUAUUCUACUGUUUUGGUGUAUAUUACAUUUUUACCCACUUUUUGACUGCAUUGUUGUUUUUUGGCAUCUCAAGGGUAGUUUAAUAUUUGAUCAUGGAGAAUAUAUAUUUUUUCAACUUUGUUUUUGUUAAAGACAGUUUAUUUAAGUUGUGACAUCAUCAUUAUACAAGUUACACCCCUGUCUUAUCAACUAGCGUGUUGAUAAAAUGGUCACCAUGUUCCCUUACAAUGCCCUUGAAAAAAACAGAAGUCUGUUUUUUUUAAAGAUAGCACUCAGUCAUUGUAGGUUUGCUAGGUUUCUGCAGGUUGUGGGUUACUACAGUUUUCCUCUCGCUUUCAUAUGAUGCAUUGCUGUCUCAGUCCUUGACAGAAAGCUCAAUUGACACUUUUUCCUUAACCGAUAACGGCUGCUACAUUUGAAAAAUAACUCUACUGGCUCAGUUCAACAUUCAUUUUAAAGUUAUGAGUAACUUAUAUAUACAAAAUGAAGUGUACAUACAAUGUCUUAGAUUAGGUAUAAUCUACAUUGGUUGGACAAAUGGAAAAAUAACAAUUGCAUAGACAUAAUGAUAAUUUAAUUUCAUAACUGUAUGCACACAGGGGGAAAGUCUAAUAAAGAUUGAGUUGUCAGAUAAUUUUGGGGGGGCAAGUUUGUUGGGAUAAAAAGCAGUAUGUGUGUGUUUUUGUGAAUGUGUAAAGGAUGUGCUGAUGAAACGACAAGAAAAUAAGAAGCCUACUCACCGACUACCAAGACAUUACAAUAAUAUCAACUAUAAAUAAUAUGAUAAUAUAAUGAACAAACAAAAUAUCAUGUCAUAAAAAUAAUCAAUGGAGUUACUAGAAUGUGAUACAUUGACAAUUGAAAUACAGACACACAUGUCAAGUUGAAUAGUAGCGUACUAAGUCGUACAUCCAGGGUCUGGGAUAAUAUAUCACAUUAGUAACCAACACAGCAGAUAACCUCAUCAGACAUUGUAACACUACAACACUAAAUAACACAGUAAUAAAAGGGAUUAUGUCAAUGAUGACAUGAAGAAGAGGUGUGAAGUGCACUGGCCUGGUAGCAAUCACUGUAUAGCUAGCUACAGGUAAGUCAGGGCCAGGGGCCACACAUUUCUCCUAAACGGUAUCUUGAGAUACCACAUUCCAUCAAUUGUUUUUCAUGUCUUCCAGUAUGUGCUGUUCAACACUCCUAUUUCUGACAAACCUUUCAUUGUGGAUGGAUGAGUAUUUCCCGGUAAUGAUAUUCCCUUGGCCUUCUUUUCUUUCAAUCCAACAGUGUCACUGUGGCUUUUGUCUUAUAAUAAAGCAUCAUGGCAUUGCUUA